AACUUCACAUAGUUGUAGUCAUUUAUUUUUUAUGCUAAUAAGGUUUUUAGUCACAUGUUUUCCAUAGUUAUCAUCUGACCGCUCGUCUCUUUCACCGCAGAAAGUGACAGCGGAAAGUCGAAUUAGUCGAUACUUUCACAUUUGCCAUCAAGUAAUGGAAUUCAAGAGCUAUGCAGAGUACCCUGAAAGGUUCGUCUGAUGACUCGCCGCGAACGCAGUUUAGCUAUGGAGCAGAAACAAGUCAUGUCAAUCUUUCCAACAGACAUCCAAACAGAACCAACUACAGUCAAUCUGAUGGCCAUCAGCCCACAGAUACAAAUGAAUUAUUUGCAGAUGAACAGAUUGAAGAGCCAUGGUGGAAGUCACAGUUUUUCAUCUCGCAACCUGUUUUGUUCGGAAUGUGGGAUGGUGUAUUCACCUCCUGUCUCAUUAAUAUUUUUGGAGUGAUCGUCUUUUUGCGAUCUGGAUGGGUAGUUGCUCAAGCUGGCAUUUUAAAUGCUAUUCUCAUCAUUCUUUCCUCUGUUGGUGUUGUAUUAAUAUCUGUCCUAUCAGCUGUGGGUAUUUGUGAAAGAUGCCGAGUGGAGAGUGGAGGCGUUUAUUUUCUCCUAGCUUAUGUUUUGGGCUCUCGAUUUGCAGGGGCUAUUGGCUUACUUUAUACUUUUGGACAGGCAGUUGGUUGUGCGCUCAGCAUGCUGGGUCUGGGCGAGUCAAUUGCUGGUUUGUUAGAGAUUGAGAAAAAUCCGUGGGCACAAAGGGUCUUUGCCAGUCUAGCUGUCAUGGUCCUAAGUGUCAUUGACUUGGCGGGAAUCAAAUGGGUUGUAAAAUUGCAGUUUGUCCUCCUACUGGUUUUACUCUUUGCUGGGCUAGACUUCGCUGUUGGUAGCUUUGUUCACACAGACGUUCGAAGUGGAUUUGAUGGCUGGAGCAUUAGUCACAUCAAGGAAAAUCUUUGGUCUGAGUAUUUUGAUAACUACAGCUGGUUUACUGUCUUUGGUGUUUUCUUCCCAACCAUAACAGGCAUUAUGGCAGGGAUCAAUAUGAGUGGAGAUCUCCGUCACCCAUCUGAGGAUAUUCCUAAUGGGACCUUUGCUGCUUUAGGCACAGGAACUGGGUUGUAUCUAUUAUUUGCUCUUGUCUUGGGAUCAACAUGUUCCCGCAUAGCACUCAAAGAUGACUACUUGAUGUCAGCCAAAGUCUCUGCUGUUCGUGUGCUUCUGCUUGCUGGUCUUUAUGUUUCGUCCAUGUCAAGCUGUUUGGGUGCCAUUUAUGGCACUGCACGUGUCCUUCAGUCCAUUGCCAAUGAAAAUUUAAUUCCCUUCAGCAAUGUUCUUAGUAGAGGGAAAGGACCCAAUAGACUUCCAGUCUCUGCCAUGGCUCUGACUACAGGAGUAAUAGUCAUUUUCACACUUUUUGGAGAUAUUAAUUCCUUAGCGCCGAUUGUAACAAUGCCAUUCCUACUCAUGUAUGCUUCGGUUGAUUAUGCUUAUUUUGCACUAGCCAUGACAUAUGAUUUGCAAAGCAAAAGAGAACAAAAACUCAGGUCAACCGCCAAUAAUCAAAACGUUGGCAAUGCCUCCUCUGGUCAAAAUUGUGAUCUAGACUCCUUGUUUCCAGAAAGAUAUCAGCUUCCUAAUAGUUCUAUAAUGACUCCAACCUCAGCUUCCGACCAGCAAAACUCCUUGACUGUGAUAGUUCAUUCAAAAACUUCAAAUUGGUACUCCAGUUGGUGCAACCGUUGGCUUUCUUUGUUUGGGGCACUAUUGAAAAUUUUCCUCAUGUGCCUUGUAAACUGGAGCUUUGCAGUAAUGAACUUGGCUGUUUGCAUUGUGAUAUGGGCAUACGUUGGGUUUGCAAACCCUGCUGUCAAGCCGGGUGUUGCCAAUCAGUUCAAUGUUCUGUGGUGGCUCCGCUGGACCUGCUUGAAACUCUUCAGCAAUAAGGAAAUGGACUAUGAAGAAAUUGUGGUCACUCCAAAUCAUCCAGAUCUAGAACUAUUUUCUGAACAUUUGAAUGAAGAUAACGAGGACUUCGCACAUCGUCAACGUUUCCAUCAAACAGCAACUGUUAUGCAUGAAAAUUUGCAGCCAAACUUCAUCAGCAGUUUUCCACGGCCGCGAGAAGCGAGGUUAAGGUAGCAGCGAUGUUAUCAACAAAGACAGUGGUUUCCAAAGGGUCCACCAGAGGCCGCCACUUGCUGGAGCAGUUGAAUAUACCCGACAUCAGGCCUGCACAGAGGUUAAAACUUUAGGGCGACUAUAUCCGACAUCGGACCUAAACGCGUUAUUUUUCACGGCGAAUAUAUCCGACAUUGGACCGGAAAGGGUUAAAGGGAAUAAAUGUACCGAAUUUUAAAUGAAUAAAUUAACACGUGGGACUACAAUUCUUUACGUUAAGUUUCAAAUUCACCCUCUAAGAUUUUUUCCUGAAGGGGGCACAACAUUUUUACUAGAGUUUAAUUUAAGAGUGCAGUCAAUAAAUAAAAGAAUAUUUGACCGUUUGUGGUAUUUAUUUUUCAUUUUUUGAACUUAUUUACCACUUCAUGUUACGACCGGAACAAACAGUUGACCAAGGAAAGCAUUGCUCCUCCUUCACCUUGAACAAAAAAAUUCUAAUAGAAAUUUUGAUCACCCCUCUUAGAUCCAAAAUUUCAAAAUAAUAUUCUAAUAAAGUUCAUCAGCAAAAGAUUUGAAAGGUUAAUACUAAUCAUUUCACAACAUAAGUAGAGGCGUUUGCUUGAAGAAGAAAAAAAAAAAAAAAAAAAAAAAAAAAAAAAAAAAAAAAAAAAAAAAAAAAAAAUGAAAUUCUUGACUUUAGCCUCUUGAAGACUCUUAUUUGCUGUUUCUAAUUAAUUGUUGUAAAGCUUGUUAAUAAACAGUGCUCUACAUUUUCCAAAUAAUAAUCCGGUUGUAAGUCCUUUUCAAUGUGAUGUGUAUUAGCAUUUUUAGGUUGAAAAUAUUACUGUAGAAAUAGGUUGUAGAAAACUACUUCUAACAAUGAAAUGGCAUGAAGCAUCAGUAAUUAUUGAUUUCCCAGUCAUCCUGUAGUUGCAAGCGAGUUUUCGUUGCAAAAAUAUAGAAAUUUUGUAUCAUAUUAUGUAGCAUGUAAAUCCUUUUUUGUGUUAUUCAAAUAGCACAUGAGUAAACUUGAUUUUAACGGAUGGAGUGCCUCAGUAUAAUUUAAUACAUUCUGCUCCCAUCUUUUAUAUCCUUCCAUAAUCAUGAAACAUCAAGUGGUCCAUGUCACUCUAAUAUAUUUUACAAAUGUAUUUAAAUUUUAUUUUACAAUUGGUAACCUAACCAAAACUAUCAUUCAAACCUCAACUCAUGUAACAAAUGUUUUUUUAAAAUCCGUUUAUUUUUAAACUGAAUUCUAUUUUUUUUUAAUUAGGUGCCUUUAAGACAUUAAAAAUAAAAAUUACGGGAUCUUGUGUGUCCCUUUCUAGUGUGCAUAGUGCAUCCAACCUGAAUUGUGAAAUUAGUGUCUAUGUUACUGUAAACCAAAUCAAAUGAUUGACUCUAUUUUUUUUUCCAUUUUUGUAAAUUAUAGAUUUAUUUAUUAAAUA